AUGGCCCAUCAUUUUGAUGCUGUUGCUGCUGAUGAUGAUGAGCAUGAUGCUGCUGCAAAAGACGCACAACUAGCGCGCACACAAACAGCGACAAAACAUUACUCUGUUUUCCAUCCACACAGGAACACCAUCCCUGUCCACCUUGUCUCUGUCCCCAGUCGUGCACUCGCCAUCUUGAUCCUCGAGCUGAACUGGCGAGGGCGAAGCUGCCUGUCAUGGCUGCCACGGCUGGCCUCGACCCCGACCUCGACCUCGACCUCGACCUCGACCUCAUCCCACAUCCCACCCUGUGUCAGUAGUCAGGAACGCAAUCCUCUCAGCGCCGCCUUGGCCUCCUUUGCACGCCACGAGUCGCGUCUCGCACUUCGCCUUUCCACGCGCUGA